GUAUUAAGAAUGAUGAAACUGGUGAUUUUAUAUAUUAUAUGACCAGAAAAAAAUAAAAUUAGUAGUUCCCACUACUAUUUACCUAUAAACAAAUAUGUAAUGUCUCUCUUUCUUGUUUCAGGACAUACAAAAAUACUACAGGGACAACAGGAUCCGAGAACGGUUAAUCAGCAGUGAGUUCGUUCACACGAGUCAGUAGCGGUAACAGCCGUUCGUACGAGAUAUGCGCCGCCGCAGCGUGACUGUGACACACUCCCGCCCGCAUCGCCACCGCAUGCCUGCCGGACGAUAACCGCCCUCCGGAGUGCCAAGUUUCGAUUUCAUCGACGCUCGUUCUCAUUCUGUAGUCGCACGUCUGCGUAAACAGACGCUCUCCGUGCGAGACAUCCAAAACACCGAACUGGCAACUCAAUCAUUCGAAUUUUGAACUUUGAAGUUCACAUAACAUGACAUAAAAAUGUCAAGUCGCAGUAAUCAAAUGUGAAUAGAUCGUUCAAAUUUUCCGCGUGUGGACUGUGAAAGUUGCAGAGUUAAGUGUGUUUAUAGAAAGUGUUUAAUUAGUGCAACAUGACAUCGAGAUCUAAAGAAAAGGUGGCAGCUGCCUUCCGGAAGCUGUUCCGGUCUCCAGAGAAACUGGACAACGACGGUGCUGGGCCCAGCGGCUCCCCGGCUCGACGGGGCCUGCUACGACGACACAGGGAUGGUGUGAGUCCCGCCGAAGCGGCGGUGAGCUUGCCUGCAAGUCCAGGGGCAGCAGCAGGCGGUAAGAAGAAGGCAUCCGGUGCGAGCGAGGCGCGCGAGCGUGCUGCCGCUGUACGCACACGCCGGCUCAUGAAAGAGCUCAAAGAAAUACAGCGGUUACAAGAAAACCGUCCUGACCCCGUCUUCACAGUGGAACUGGUAAAUGACAACCUGUUCGAAUGGCAUGUGCGACUGCAUCAGAUCGACCCUGAAAGUGACCUGGCUGGUGAUCUUCGUGAGCUACAUAUUCCCAAUAUCCUGCUGCACCUCAUCUUCCCGGAGAACUUCCCCUUCGCACCGCCCUUCAUGCGCGUAAUUGAACCGCGGAUAGAAAAGGGUUUCGUCAUGGAAGGUGAAUCUCUACUCUGAUUCAACUGAUUCAUAAUAACAGAAUAUUACGAGUAUAUUGCAAAUUGUACCAAUAUUUAAAGAAUUGGAUGACCGCGGCCCGCGAUCGUUGUCGUUAAGCAGUUUUCGCAAGGGUCGGUGACGGGAUGGGUGACCAAAAAAUUAUUAUCUCGAGCUACUCCGUGCUUCGGAAGGCACGUUAAGCCGUUGGUCCCGGCUGCAUUUUCAGUCGUUAAUACCCUCCAAUCCGCUUUGGGCCAACGUGGAGGGUCAUGGCCCAUCCUCCUUAACCAUCCAUAAGGAAGGCCUGAGCCCCUGCAGUGGGGACAUAAUAGGGCUGAUGAUGAUGAUGAUGAUGAUGAUGAUCGAAAUCCUCAAUCGUAAUGCAGUUUCAAUCACA